AUGGCAGAAUUAUCUACCAACUCAUUCAUUAUGGCUUCAUCAGAUGAUGAUGUUCGAAUCAAACUCGAAGCUCCUCAAACUACAUCGAUAUCACCUCAAUCACCUGGAUUGAAACGAAGAGUAUCCUCAGAACAAAUGGAUCCGCCAGAAAAGAGGCAGAGAAUUGAAUCCGAAGCACCACAACCUCCUUCCCUACCCGAAUCUACUGAUGAAAAUGUCGCCCCGCAACCUACAAAUGACGUAGAUGAUCCUUUGGGAGAUUUCGAUCUUGAUGCUAUUAUUGCCGGCGCGGUUGCUCAUGUCUCUGCGGAAUAUCAAGAUGCAGGAAGUAUGGGAAUGGACAAUCAACCUUCUCAUGAAGAUCAGUCACACCAGAGAGCCCUUAGCACAGCUUCUGCCACCCAAGCUCCUCAUCCUCAAAUUCAACCACCCAACAGCCCGGCGUCCUAUGACCGACUUCUUUCUGAUCAUCAAUUGUCUUUGCAGGUGUUGAGUCUACUGGCUUUGGAAAGUAUGUCGUUGCAAAUGUUAAACAUUCUUUCCGAAGGAGGAUUCGAAGAUGUGGUCACCAUGGUUACCAAGACAGAUACAAUUCGUGGACAAGCAUUCCAAACCUUGAAGGACCUUUUCGAUAGAACCAAAAAGAUUUAUGGAAGCUCAACUUUCCUCUCCGCCGACGCACUCAAUCUUAGAGACCCAGCUCAACGAGAGAUUAUCAGACUCGCAAACCAUGCGACUUUCGUAAGUAGCGUGUUUGGUGGACAAGAAGUUGGAUUUUAUGAACUUAAUGAAUAUUUCGUCGACACCUGGACACGGGAAGGAGAGGGAAUUUCGAAAGCAUCCGGCCAAUUGCUCAUGAACUUGAAGACACAAAUCAUUGUUGCGGCGUUAUCGAUGGAAGAGUCAGAUAAACCUGUCGAGGACCUCAUACAAGAUAUAUUUCCCGCAGAUUUCGGUCCACUUUUGGCUCAGAGGCAUUCGUUUUCUCUCACCCAAGAUGAGAAACAAUUACUCAUUGAUUUAGACAUCCGAAGGGUAUAUUUAUUCAACCAAGGAAAUGAUCCCGUCAAAAUAAAGGAACUCGGUGACCUUUUCAACUGGGAUUCUUUUCUAAGAUCUACGCAUAUUCAUAUGGACGCAUACAGGCCGUUGGUUGAACCUUAUAUGGAUAAGUAUAAACUCACGGUCCCCACUUCGACUGGGUAUUCGCAAGGUACAACUGGCGGUCCAUUGAAUUGCAAUGCUCUUGCAUACACUGCUACCAACACCGAAGCCGAGAGUUCAGCUCAGAAGGCUCCUGAAGAGGCUGGCAUAUAUCAGCAAUCGAAUAGUGCGCAAACUGGAUAUCGCCAAGCUCAAUACCAAACUACCUAUCAACAAUCUAAUCAACCACCAAACACCUACUCAAAUCAAUAUACUACUAGUAGUAAUAGUAGUAAUGCACCCACACCCACACCACACCAUUCUCAAUCAGAGUCGACUUCCGCUCUUUACGAAAAGGCUAGACAAGCUGCAGCUGCCAAGAAUAACCCGGGACAGAAAGCCAGACCUGGAUUACCAUCUCAACGUCGUCCAUGGAGUACAGAGGAGGAGAAUGCAUUAAUGGCUGGUCUCGAUUCAGUCAAAGGCCCCCACUGGAGUCAAAUUCUAGCUCUCUAUGGCGACAAAGGAUCGGUCAGCACCAUCUUACGUGAUAGGAAUCAAGUUCAACUUAAAGACAAAGCACGAAAUUUGAAACUAUUCUUCCUCAAGAGCAAUAUCGAAGUACCAUACUAUCUCCAAUGUGUGACUGGCGAAUUGAAGACUAGGGCACCUACUCAAGCGGCCAGGAAAGAAGCGGAAGAGAGAGCAAGACUGGCAGGAAAUGAAGAGAGCGCGAGAUUUCAUGGAGUUAUGGCAUUGGCUGGAGGUAUGCAAAAUUCAAAUCAGGAGAACGGAAGCGGGAGUCUCUAUCAACAAACCCCGGAGCCCGCCGAAGAUUACAAGAGUGCAAGUAAUAGCCCGGAAAGAUUACAAAUUGAGGAACCUGGAAAAGAUGAACAACAACAGGUGGAAAAUAAUCAAGAGAGUUUGGAAAUGCAAGAGAUGGGGGCGGAUGAGAGGUUGAGACAACAAUUAUUGGCUGCUACUAAUAGUUAA